GCUUGGAUUAGGAAUGAAGCUAAACCUUUCGAAAAGUAAAGCAAUAGCAUCCAACUCUAUUCAAUUUCACGUACAAGCAAGGCUCUCUAUCUUGCUCUCUAUAUAUACCAAAAACUUAGUUGCUAUACUUGCAAGCUAGCUCCAUAACACAACACACUUAAACUUAAUAUCCAAUAUAUAAUAUUAUCCCACACCAAAAACUUCAAUUCCCAAAUGGGUUCCUCAAAGUUCAAGCAAACCACUCAGUCGUUGUCGUCGUCUUCUCAGACAACAAUCAAAGACAAAACAUUAUCAGGGCUAGGAAACCUCAUUAGGCUCCUCCCAACUGGUACAGUUUUCUUGUACCAAUUCCUCAGCCCUGUCCUAUCCAACAAUGGCCACUGUGCUACAACCAUCUACAAGUACCUAACCGCUAUUCUCGUCGCUGUGUGCGGCUUUUCUUGCUUCUUUUCUUCAUUCACUGAUAGUUACGUUGGAGAUGAUAAGAAAACUCAUUAUGGGAUUGCAACAUCGAAGGGUCUUUGGCCCUCGGCGGACUCUAAGAACGUGGACUUGUCGGCUUACAAGCUUCGGAUUGGGGACUUUGUCCAUGCCUUUUUUGCACUGAUUGUGUUUGGGGUUCUUGUGCUUUUGGAUCAGAAAACUGUGAAUUGCUUCUAUCCCAUGUCUGAUUCCACUGAGGAGACUUUGCUCAAGGUGCUUCCUCCUAUUGUUGGUGCAAUUUCUAGUGUGGUUUUCAUGGUGUACCCAAGCAACCGCCAUGGAAUUGGUUACCCUUCAAGUACUGAUACUUCACAGACCUCCAAGUCUACCUCCUCGUCCUCGACCUAAAGUCUAAGAAGUUAGCUUUGGAUGAGAGUGUGUCGUUGCAUUAUAUGUUUGUUUAUUUAUGUUUCCUUGUUUUAAAGGUUUGAAAUAUGUUUGAUGACCCUUUUAGUCAAUUGCUGUAACUUGUAUUGUAAUAAUUUGUUCUUUUGAACAAUGUCUGUUCUGGUUGAAUAACAUGAAUUCAUGAAAGGGUUUGAGUCUCAAAAA